AUGUCGUUCUUUGGCUUCGACACUUCCCUUCCCAGGGACAAGCCUGAGGGCGCAGGCAAGGGUAUUUUUGAACACACAAACCCUUUCGCCGAGGUCGCAAAAGCUAGGAAAUUGCAGGCGUUCCAAGACAGCCAGGACGAGAUUCUCGACUUCGAAGAUACAUACGAUGGCCUAGGCGAUCAACUCGAAGAGGCCGGCGAUGACUUCAACGAUGAUACCUUUGGUGGCGGCGCUGAGGGUGCUACAGGCCACGGCGCCGUGGGACAAGAUUAUGACUUUUUUGGGAAAACGGCACAGGUCUCAAAUGUCAUCAACGAGGAGCAUGUGCGCUACAACUUGCAACAUCCACAACAAUCGGCAGCGCACGCGCAACCCGCAAAGGCCAAGAGGACCGGAUAUGAGAGAUAUCAAGAUCCGGGUUACAUUCCAGAUAUCCAGGCAAAAUCCGGGGCUUGGGGCACAAAGUCAAGCACAGCCGCUGCUCCAUCUGGCGAUGGCCGCAUCAGUACGGCUCGCAGUACUGCUCCAGUGUUUUCCGUUGCUCCUGAGCCUUCACCACCACCGGCACCCAUUUCGCAACCUCCUAUGAUGACCCUCGAACAGGUUGAGGCAGCGCUGCUCGCUGAAUCUCAAGCGCGACAGGCACAGCUCGCAUAUUCUCAACCUCAGCCAUAUCCGUUCCCAGUCCAGCCAAUGCACUCACAACCUGCACAGCACUUCCCAGGCAUGGGACUUCCUCCCGGCUUGCCUCCCCAGCCUCAAUCGCAGCCUCCUCUCGAUGCUCCUAGGAGUCAUACGCGUAUGCCCUCACAGCCACGUGCACCUCAACAGCCUCAGCAGCCUCUGCAAAUUCUGCAAAAUCCAAACAGAGCCCGUCAUUCACCUCAGCCAAGUCUUGAUAGAUCUCAACCCAUCCCACCAAUGGGAGCUCAAGCACCUGGUGCCUUGCCGGUCAUAACUCAUACUCAACAGCUAAUGGAUCUCUCUGAGGAACAGCGACGAGUGUAUCUGGAAGAAGAUACCAAAAGGGCAAAGAGGAAUCAUAAGAUCUUCCUGCUUUCCAAGGGAAAUGGCAUGAUGACCCCUCAGGAUAAGAAUUUCAUCACCCGCAUCCAACUUCAGCAAUUGGUGGCGGCCACGGGCAGUUCGACGGACGCGAAUCCCGAAGCUGCUCUGAACGAAGAUUUUUACUACCAGGUCUACAGCCAGAUCCGGGGCGCUCCAAGACAACAUCCUACUCAACCUCUAGGUCAUUUUGCGCAAACCUAUCUAUUCCAAACGGGUUCGCGUGUAGGCGGCAGACGCCAACAGAUCACCGGAGACAACCACAUGCAGAGAAUGCAACAACAAGUCCAGCGUGCAGUUGAAGCUGCCAAGCUCAAACCGAAGAACAAGCAGCUAAUCAUCGAGGGCAGCUUGGGUAAAAUCUCCUUCAGCAAUGCAAAGACACCAAAGCCUCUGCUCAACAUCAAGCGACAAGAGGGGACUGACAACCGGCCGGCAAAUGCGAGAAAAGGUGUAAGUGCCAGUGACCGCAAGACGAUUUUGAAGAAUAUCGAAGCUGUGUAUACAACCCUGAUGCGCAUGGAGGAUCAUGAACGACAGAUGCCGCCUCCACCUACUGAAGGCGACGCGGAUUCAAUCCAGGCACAUCUUGAGUGGCGACAAAAGCAACAGGAGCUCGGCAACAGUCUAUGGCAAGAUCUGAAGGUUCUCGAUCCCAUCGUCCCGGGAUCGACCAUUCCACAUCCCUUUAUUGCCUUCUUGUCAUUUGCCAAAGGCAAAAAGGCAAUUCCUCGUGUCUUCCAUCAAAUUGAUCAGGACAAAAGACUGACCAUCUUGACGAUGAUUGUGGUCCACCUUGAUCAGCUUGAUGUAGUCAAGGAUGCGCACCCUGCACCCGGCGAAUCACAACCUCCGCCACUUGUGCGGGAAGAAAUCGAGUUGUUCUCACAAGCCGUCAUGCCGUGCUUGUUAUCGCAUGUUAGCGAAGUACCCGUCAAUAUCAUCACCGGCCUGUUAGGGCUUCUGAUCGACCACACAAAUAUCUCGGUGGUUGUGCACACCAAAAUUGGGUUGGGUAUGCUGACGAUGCUGUUGACCCGCGCCGAAUUGGUGAAGGAGGCCGGUUCCGUCAGUGAUCAGGACUGGCAACAGUGGACCAUGUUAUACAGUCGCCUUUUUGAUAUGUUGGAGCCUCUUCUUAGUUCACUAUUCCCUGGCCCGGUCAAUUCCGGCGAGGACAUGUACGUUUGGCAGUUCCUGGCUGCCAUCGGCAUAUGCGCCAGCCCCGACCAACAACAGAGGCUUGUUAUCGGUGUGAAGGACAGGGUUAUGGAGACAGUCCUUCAGAGCAAGACAUUGCCCCCUGAAAUGUCGAGCGUCCGACUAGGAAAUGUCAAUCUAUUCAUGAGAGCCAUUGGACUUGAUGUCGAGAUGCUGGGAUAG